AUGGUCAGCUGCGUCGAUUGCGGGCGGAGCGGCCACCCUUCUUGCAUGGGGCUUGACAACAUGGGAGACGCGAUGCGUGGCUAUGACUGGCAAUGUGCGACCUGCAAGAGCUGUAGCGUGUGCCGGCGUAAGGGCAACGAGGCGUCAAUGCUCAUAUGCGACCACUGCGAUCGAGGGUGGCACAUGUCCUGCUUCGACCCCCCGUUCCGCGCACCUCCGGAAGGAACCUGGCACUGCCCAUCCUGCCCUCGCGUUGGAGAAACUUUCCCUGAUCAAUACCAUUCCUCGCGGUCCCCAGAAAUCCAGGAAAUACACCCAUCCCUCGUCCCCUCGUCGCCAUACCAAAUGCCACAGUCCGAUCUCCCCGAGUACCCUGUGACUACUGACGCGUCUGAGGUGGAAGGUGACCUUGCAGACCCUACACCGCGCAGGAAGAGCAAGCUUCGCAAGGGCCGGAAAGGGAAGGAUGCUGUACUCGGGGGGGAAACACAACCGGAGGCAGGUCCGUCCACCCCUGUGCCCACCGUCAGGCGACUCCGUAUACGCGUGAACUCUCCGGCCGCGGAGAACGAGACCCCCACGAUCAGAUUAAGGGUACCCGCUCGAGGAAAGGGCAAGGCACGAGACGACGGCGCGGCGCAGGAGGAGACCGAGCGCGGUCUGUUCGACGAAAUUCUGAGCAUCGAGGACCGUGACGUCCGCGACACCAGCAUUAAGGACAGCGACAUGCAGAGGUUUGAGCGAAGUCGCAUACACGCCGAGGUGCGCCCAAUAUACCGCCGAACAUGCUAUGCGGUGCUGAAUACUUCAUAG